AUGGUCACCUUCAAACUUCUAUUGGCUAUUUCCUCCAUCAAGAAUUGGCCGACUCUUCAACUUGACAUCAAUAAUGCCUUCCUCAACGGCGAUCUUCAAGAAGAAGUCUACAUGACAUUACCUCCCGGCUUCACCCCUCCCAACACUGAAGACAACUCCACUUUAGUUUGCAAACUUCAUAAAUCCAUCUAUGGUCUCAAACAGUCUUCUCGACAAUGGUAUAAAAAGCUUUCUGAUGCUCUUUUAACCGAAGGCUUCUCCCAAUCACAAGCAGAUUACACAUUAUUCACCAAAGGAUCACAUAACACCUUCAUUGCUCUACUCGUCUAUGUCGACGAUAUUAUUAUCACUGGACCUAACAUCAACUUGCUGCAUCAAUUACAAGCAUCUCUUCAUGCACAGUUUCAACUUAAGGCCUUAGGACCUCUCAAAUAUUUUCUGGGAUUUGAAAUUGCUCGUUCUCCCGAAGGUGUCUUUCUCUCUCAACGAAAAUACACACUGCAGCUCCUUGAAGACACUGGUUACACAGGCAGCAAGCCUACUAAAACCCCUAUGGAUCCUCGAAGUAAGCUUGAUGAUCAGCAAGGCACUCUCUUAGCCGAUCCCUCAUCCUAUCGACAACUCAUAGGCAGACUACUGUAUCUCACUCUCUCCAGGCCUGAUAUCACUUUCGCUGUGAACACUUUGAGCCAAUAUAUGUCUUCUCCUCGGACACCUCACUUGCAAGCAAUUAACCAUCUUCUCCGAUAUCUAAAAGGGAGUCCCGGCCAAGGUUUGCUUUACAAAUCCAGUUCUCCUUUACACCUCCGUGGGUUCUCGGACUCCGACUGGGCUGCAUGUCCAACAACUCGACGCUCCAUCACUGGUUUUUGUAUCUUCCUCGGCGAUUGUUUAGUCUCCUGGAAAACAAAGAAACAGAACACUGUUUCUAAAAGCUCUGCAGAGGCCGAAUAUCGUGCUUUGGCUAGCACAGGCAGCGAAAUAACAUGGAUUCAGUACCUCCUGAAUGAUUUCCAAAUCCCUCAGCCGACUCCUGCAUUUAUCUACUGCGAUAACCAGUCCGCAAUCCACAUAGCAAAUAACCCCACCUUCCACGAACGAACCAAGCAUAUUGACCUUGACUGUCACUUCAUCAGAGAGAAGAUCAAAGCUUCCACUAUUCGACUAAUUCCAGUCAACACAACUCUGCAGUUAGCCGAUGCUUUUACCAAGCCUCUUCCCUCUACUACUCUUCUUUCCCAUGUCCGCAAGAUGGCUGUUGAUGAUAUUUACAGUCCAUCUUGA